AUGCAUUUCGAACUUUUAAAAGGUGCUUAUAAAGCUUUUAUCGAAGCUAUUGAAACAGGAAUUUCGCACAAAAAGCUUAAAAGUGCUACUUUCGAUUAUAUUUACGAACAAGGAUACACCGAAAAAGAUUUAUUCCAAACACUGAAUAAUCUGUAUCCAAAUCUCAACCCCAUUUAUUUUGCAUUAUUCGGAUUCUGUUACGAACAAGGAAUCGGAACACAAAGAAAUAUAAACAUUUCUUUCCAAAUUUAUCUCCAAGGUGCCAUGAAAGAAGAUGCCACAUCCGUUCAUUGGUGCAGAUUGGCUGCUGACAAAGGACUUGCCCUGGCUCAAGAUAAGUUCGCUUUGAGUGCUUCAAGAGGAAAAGGAAUGAAACGAGAUCUUCAUGAGGCUAUAAA